AUGCUACUACGUGUACCUACAGCUAAGUGUAUACCAAAGCAACCACGGCAGGAUUCUGAUUCUGAACAGGAACAACGAUGGGUGGAUACAGUGCAGUGCACGGAUCCGGACAGUUGGAUGGGGCGAUCUGGGGGGGUGGGAUGGGAUCGUACCGUAGGGGGAUGGGAUUCUCGUACUCUGGGGAGUGCCGGGCGACCGUUCAAAGACAGCAACUACCUGGGAGUACGUUGCGUUGCGUCGCUGCGCAUGGAUCAUCAUCUCUAUGUUUUAUUUUUGUUGUUGAAUGAGGUUGGCAGUGCGACCCUGGAUGUAUUAGGAAAGACAGACAAUGGGCCGCGCGCGAUAAGGCGCUGUAGAGUUGCUGGAAGGGGUGAAGAAGACAAGACACGCCCGCCCAGCACUGACGAUUCUGACCCUUCGAUUCGGGCUCUUACAGGGCAGAGGCACCUCGUACUCUACCUCAUGUAA